CGGUCUCCCUUAUAAUCCUCAAGGCCAAGGCAUUGUGGAGCAUGCGUAUCGGUCCCUUAAAGAAAUUCUUCAAAAACAAAAAGGGGGAAUAGGCCAUGACCGAACCCCAAGAGAAAGACUCUCUCUGGCAUUAUUCACCUUAAAUUUUUUGAAUUUGGAUGCCUCGGGAAGUUCAUCAGCAGAUAGGCAUCAUAAUCCAUACAGCCCUAUGAAGGGCAUGGUGAAGUGGAAAGAUAUCCUCACAGGUAGCUGGCAUGGCCCCGAUCCCGUGCUGACAUGGGCACGAGGUUCUGUUUGUGUUUUCCCACAGGACCGGCUAGACCCUAUCUGGGUACCUGAGCGAUUGGUGCGACGGGCCCCUCAGACGGAGAGACGUGAUGACACCCCGGAAGCUGAUGUGCCUGAUCCAGAUAGCCCUGAUUCUGACAAGUGUGCCAGCGGGAGCAGCUGAGGAUCGACUCACGAGCAGAACCUGGUCGGUGGAGUUUGAUAACCUGACCCAGAUCCUGCGCAAUGAGAUCAUUGUGGUCAACUCCACCCAUGUACACCUGGCCUCCACUGUGAAAAUGAUGUCUUGGCUGCGAAAUUCUAUCACCUUUUUAAAGGAGUGGGCGAGAUUAGGUGCCCUGGCAGGCCUACUGGUACUUGUCUCCCUGAUGUGCCUGUGGUGCAUUGUUCGUUUAAGGGUUUCUCAGCAGCGCAAUGCAGCCAUGAUUAUCCAAGCCUUUACAGCCAUAGAGGCUGGACAGUCUCCCCAGGCCUGGCUGGCCGCAUUAAAAGCUUGAUCGCGCAGGAUGCGAGGCUAGUGCACUGCACUUGGGUCUAGCUGUAUUGCAAAACCCAAGCAAAACCCAAGAAGAGCAAGUCUAAUUGCAUGUGGGUUGAUACCCUAAUUCCCACCUCUGCAAAAAAGGGUAUCGGAUGGGUCAAGUGUUCUCUGGGUGGAUGACACCUGGACUAACACCAGUACAAUGUCCAAGUUGUAUUUUGGCAGAGAUUAGACCUCUGCUCUUGCCUGCUGCUUAAAACAAUAAAGGGGGAACUGUAGAGAGCCGUGCACGGCCGCGCCUCAAAGAUGGCGCCGGCGUCCGGCUUCCGCCUUCCCGAUGUCAGGUGUUCUCUGGGAUAAACAACUCCUUAUUUGGCUUGGGCGUGGAAUCUGGCUUGCUUGCGUAUGUCUGACCCUAUCGGCAUUGUCCACGUGGCACUACGGGGUUGGUUGCCCAGUGGCUAUAAAGGGCGUGGGCUGGCUUUCCCGGGAGUCAGAAGAUGGCUUUCCCCAGAGUCAGAAGAUUGUUCAAGGUUCCUGAAUAAACUGCUUGGAGAAGAGCCUGGAAUCCUACUUCCCAGGUAAUUCAUUGGUUUACAAACAACAGGAGUAGAAAUUUUUGAGAAAGCAGAACUUUAAAGAGGCCGUUGAGAAGGGGGGCUAUAUCCUACCAAGCCCAUCCCACAGCAUCCGGACCUCACUCUGCAAAAGAUUAUAUAUAAGCGCCCAGGACUCCUCUAUCCACAGGAACUUCUAACUUCUUUAAAACAAGAGCUUCCUUUAAGCACAAAACAUGGUCAAGGAGGACCCUGGCUCGAGAUCCACUGUGGUUACCAUCAACAGCGAUGAUGUCCCAGUGGAUUAUAUUACCUGGUCCACAUUUAACACAGUGUUCCUGAACAGCUGCUGCCUGGGUUUCAUUGCCUACAUCUUCUCUGUGAAGUCCAGGGACAGGAAGAUGGUGGGCGAUAUGACUGGGGCCCAGGCCUAUGCUACAACUGCUAAACGGCUGAACAUCAGUGCUAUGGUCGUCUCCAUCAUCACACUGAUCAUAAUCAUCAUCAUAAACAGCCAAAGUAGUUAGAGGAUGGGAACUAAGAGUGGGACUCCACGAAGUACGUGCUCUUCGAAUUCGAGUCAAAGGACUUAAUUCUCUCAUACACUGUUUUCUUGGGGAAAGUAUGCGUGUGCUCCGCCCUUCCCAGUUGUCCCUUAUCCUGGCUAGUGGCCCUGACCUGUCACUCUGCUCCUCACGUAAUUCGUACCCUCACACAUCUGUUCG